UAAAUGAAUGUUAAUUAUAAGUUUUGAAGUGCAGGCCUCACAAAUUAUGUAUAUCAUUUAUUAACUUUGUUUUUUAUGUUUUAUAUGCAUAUAGUUGAAUUUAUAUUAACAUAUAAUUAUUACUUCAUAUUUAAAUAUUUUAAUUUAUACCUUGAAAAAAAUGAAUAUUUAUGAUACAGUAAUUAAAGGUACUCAUGCCAGUAAGUUUAUAUUAAUUACUGAUUCAUAUUUAGCAAAAGGAUCAUUUAUACUAAAAAGUAUUGCUGAAAACAGAAAUAACCAUGAAGUUCAUUUGUUAUGUUAUGAAAAAUUAGUUUCUGAAUAUGAAAUUUCAUUUUCACCUACCUUAAAUAUAAACUUUCAUGAUUGUAUGAAAACUUUUAAAAAUAAAAAACAUAGUAUUAGAGAAAUUGCAGAUAGAAUUUUAAAAAAUGCCAAAAAAAAAGUAAUAUUAAUUAUUGAUUCUCUAUCAAUAUGUUUACUGCAUACAAAACUGUGUAUUGUGUAUAAGGAAUUACUUGACUUAAUUUCAUUAGAAACAGUGCCUAAUUUUGCACAAAUAAUUUCAAUAGUUCAUGAGGAUAUUACAGAAGAAGUUGAAGUUGAACAUAUAAAAAAGUUAUGUAAUACUUAUAUUCAUGUUCAAUACUUAGGUGAUACAACAAUGUUACAAUUGAAUUUAGAACAUAAAAGAUCUAAUGGAAAAUGUGCAUCGCAAAAUUUAAAUGGUAAACUUAAAUCUGAUGGUAAUUUCAAACUGAUAGUCAAUUCACCACAAAAUAUAGAAGAAAUUUCAAAUGAAAAAAGUUUACCUGUAAAUUUAGCUAGUUUCAAGUUGGUCCUAGAAGAGAGUGAAAGGGAAGCUAAGGACAAAUUAAUUUUACCGUAUACUCAGGUUCAGAAUACCAAUUGUGGUGGAAUAAUUCAUUAUAUUCCUGAUGAAGCUGAUGAUUGGGACGAAGAAGAUCCUGAUGAUGACUUAGAAAUAUAAUCUAUUAUAUUUAUAAUGUUAUAUAACAACUGAUUUGAAAUUUUUAUAUAAAAUGUUAAUUCAUAAUAA